AUGGUUACCUCUUUCGCCUUUGCCUCCGGAGUAACAGUCGCAACUGAAGCCAAGAUCCUCUACGAGGAAGUCAAGAAGGACAAGAAGUACCGCUACAUCAUCUACCACAUCAAGAAUGAGCGCGUGAUUGAAGUCGAGACCACCGGCCCGCGUGAGGCGUCCUACGCCGAAUUUCUCACCAAGCUGCAAGACUACAAGAACGAAUGCAGAUACUGCGUUUUCGAUUUUCCUGCCAACAUUCCGGUUGAGGGUGGCGGAGAAAAGACUACCAUGAGCGUCGACCGACUCGUGCUCAUGACUUGGUGUCCCGAGAGCGCCAAAAUCAAGCAAAAGAUGCUUUACUCGAGCAGUUACGACGCUCUGAAGAAGGCACUGGUCGGCGUCUACAAAUACUUGCAAGCCUGCGACUACGAUGAGGUCUCCGAGGAGGUGAUCGCGCAAGCCUUCACCAAGGGAGGCAAAUAA